AUGUGGACGUUCAGCCUGCUCCUCUUCUGGGGUUGGCAGCCCUGGUCAACACAGGCAGCUUUGGAUGCGAGUGAGUGUUGGGACACCACCACCUGUCCAGCUUAUGCCACCUGCACCAACACUGUGGGAAGUUACUACUGUACUUGUAAACGAGGCUUCCUGUCCAGCAACGGACUGACGCAUUUCAGAGGCCCAGGAGUGGAAUGCGAAGAUGUAGAUGAAUGUUCUUCAGGUCCCUCAAAAUGUGGUCCUAACUCAGUCUGCAAAAACCUGCCGGGGAGGUACAAGUGCAGCUGCUUGCCUGGUUUCUCUUCUUCCACCGGAGAUACCUGGAGCCAGGAAAAUCCAGGUUAUUUCUCCUGUACAGACAUCGAUGAAUGCCUCGACAGUGGAGUCUGCCCAGAGCAUUCUGAGUGUGCCAACUCUUUGGGAAGCUACAGUUGUCACUGCCAAGAUGGAUUCAUCUCUAAAAACUCUCUCUGUGAAGAUAUGGAUGAAUGUGCCGAUCCCAGAGCUUGCCCGGAGCAUGCGACCUGCCACAACAGUUUUGCAAGCUACUCUUGUGUCUGCAACCCAGGAUUUGAAUCCAGCAGUGGAAACAGGAGUUUCCAUGGCCCAGGGGGAAUGUGUGAAGAUGUGGAUGAAUGUUCCAGAAACUCGACUCUUUGUGGUCCCAAUGCUGUCUGCACCAACAUCCCGGGAGAAUACAAUUGCUCCUGCCUGCCUGGGUUCAUUUCGCCUGAUUUUUGGACCCCCAAGCAACCAGAGGCUUUCCAAUGUACAGAUAUUGAUGAGUGCCCGGAUAUGUGCCCUUUCAAUGCAACAUGCACCAAUACCCUCGGGAGCUACUUUUGUACCUGUCACCCUGGCUUUGCACCAAGCAAUGGGCGGCUGAACUUCACAGAGCAAGAGGUGGAAUGUAGAGAUAUUGAUGAGUGUGAGCAAGAUCCAUCACCAUGUGGCCCCAAUUCUGUCUGCACCAAUGCCCUGGGCUCCUACAGCUGUGGCUGCAUUGUGGGCUUUCGUCCGAAGCCGGAAGGCUCCUGGAAAUAUGGCAACUUCAGCUGCAAACGAGUUCCCUUCAAGUGUAAAGAAGAUGUGAUCCCCAACAAUAAACAGGUCCUGCUCUGCCAAGUGGGAGCAGCAGUGGAGCCUGCAGAUGUUUCUUUUUGUGCACUCAUGAAUGCCACCUUCAGCGUCCUGGAUGAGAACUGUGCAAAUAAAACCACUGCCGUUUCUCUGAAGAGUACGGCUGAGAGCUUUGCCUCUGUGCUUGAACAAACAUCCACGUGGUCCAACUUCACCAAAGACGAGACCUCCACGCUGGCCACUGUCUUACUGGAGAGUGUGGAAAGCACCACUUUGGCAGCUUUUCUGAAACCCUCAACGAAUGGCAGUCAGACUAUUCAGACGGAGCACUUGGAUAUUGAGAGCAAAGUUAUCAAGGAUGAAUGCGCUGAAGAGAAUGUGACCUUUUCCUUGAAAGCCAAAGGGGAUGAGAUGAAGAUUGGCUGUUCCACAAUCGAAGAAUCUGAAUCCACAGGAACCACUGGGGUGGCUUUUGUCUCCUUUGCGGGUAUGGAGUCUGUGCUCGAUGAGAGCUUCUUCCAAGACUCUCAGACACCCUUGACCAACUCCAAGAGGAAGUUGAAGAUGAAUUCUCGCAUCAUUGGGGGCGUCAUGACGGGGGAGAAGAAAGAUGGGUUCUCUGAGCCAGUCAUCUACACCCUGGAGAACAUCGAGCCGAAGCAGAAGUCUGAGAGGCCCAUCUGUGUUUCCUGGAGCACAGACGUGGGGAGCGGCAGGUGGACACCAUCUGGCUGUGUGGUCCUGGAAGCCUCCGAGAUGUAUACUGUCUGCAGCUGCAAUCGACUGGCGAACCUGGCCAUCAUCAUGGCUUCCGGGGAGCUCACGAUGGAUUUCUCCUUGUACGUCAUUAGCUACGUGGGCAUGAUCAUCUCCCUGGUGUGCCUCAUCUUGGCCAUCGCCACGUUCCUGCUAUGUCGUGCCAUUCGCAACCGCAACACCUACCUCCACCUGCACCUCUGCGUGUGCCUCUUCUUGGCCAAGUUUCUCUUCCUCACCGGUGUAGACAAGACCGACAACCAGAUAGGCUGCUCCAUCAUCGCGGGCUUGCUGCACUACCUCUUCCUCGCCUGCUUCUUCUGGAUGCUGGUGGAGGCCGUGAUGCUCUUCCUCAUGGUCAGGAACCUGAAGGUGGUGAACUACUUCAACUCCCGCAACGUCAAGAUGUGGUAUCUCUGUGCCUUCGGCUACGGGCUCCCGGGGCUGGUGGUGGCUGUCUCGGUCGGCGUGCAGCCGCAGGGCUACGGGAUGCAUAAUCGCUGCUGGUUGAAUACCGAGACAGGGUUUAUCUGGAGUUUCCUGGGGCCAGUUUGCACAAUCAUACUGAUCAAUUCCAUCCUCCUGACUUGGACUUUGUGGAUCCUGAAGCAGAAACUUUCCAGUGUCAAUGCUGAAGUCUCGACACUCAAAGACACCAGGUUGCUGACGUUCAAGGCCUUUGCUCAGCUCUUCAUCUUGGGGUGCUCCUGGGUGUUGGGCAUUUUCCAGGUAGGACCCAUCGCCAGUGUCAUGGCCUACCUGUUCACCAUCAUCAAUAGCCUGCAGGGAGCCUUCAUCUUCCUCAUCCACUGUCUGCUCAGCCGCCAGGUCCGGGAAGAAUACAGGAGAUGGAUCACCAGGAAGGCCAAACCCAGCUCCCAGUCCCAGACCUCAGGGGUCUUACUGUCCUCCAUCCCCUCCACUUCCAAAACGGCUUAAAGCCUUUUCUUGCUUUUCCAAUACGGUAUGGAGCAACGUUGGAGGAAAGCAAGUGUCUACAGGAGCCUGACCCCGAAAUCUUCUCUUCCUGGCUUAACGCAAAAACACAAGAUCACACCGGCCCAAGGACAUCCUGAGUGAUACAGAGCGCGGCUCGGUGGGCAGUCUCCCCAUCGUUUUGUGUUCCUGGUGGGAAGCGAGAGUUUCCGUUCCAGGUGACAAUUUCACCUCCUGUGUUCUGCAAAUCUUUGCCUUUCCAGGGUUUUGUGGAAAUAACCGAUCUCAGUGCAAUGGCACGAGCAAGACGAUCCGGCUACCAUUUGGGUUUUUUCUCAUGUUCAUUGGUGUGUGGCUCCAACCGUACCUCUCUAACACCUACCACGUGCCUGACACAGCGCAAUGCUCAGUAAAGGAUUUGCCACUUGACUGGCUUAUUACCCUUUGACAAAGACUAUUCCUACUUUCAAAGAAAUGGUCAGUAAAACUGUCACGACAGUCCCAGGGGGCAAACAAAGCACAGAGACAUACAGGCUACUUUGACAGAAGCACUGAGAGUUAUGUAGGUAAGUAGGAGUGGUUGGUGAGCAGGACUCCAACCUCUCGUGAAGGGGUUGAAGCACUUGAUGACAACAGCCUUUGGAAAGUGUUUUGGUGUCUUGGGACCUUUUAGAGAACCAACAUUUCCCUUCCUUCCAGGAACUUUUUUCUGAGUAGGCCAGGAUUUGCCCUGCUCACAAAGGUAUCACUGUCCCCCAUUGCUCUCCACCCCCCAUAAAGUCUGAAGUGCCAGGGAGAGAAGGAGAUGGAAAUUUUAACUGUAGAAAUCCUCCCUUCAGUGGCCUUUCCAGUACCUCCCUACUCAAAGUGUGGUCCAUGGAUCGGUAUCACCUCCUUAGAAAAGCAGGAUCUCAGAUCCCACACCAGAUAUGCACAGUCAGAACUUGAAUUUUACCGAGAUCCCCAGGGAAUUUGUGUAGUAUCCAUGAAUGAAUAUUCUAGAGUAUACUAGAAUAUACUUCUGCUUGCCAUGAUGAUAGCCAUAAAGGAAACAUCUUGAGUUUAGGACUUCUACCUGCCAUUCCCUCUUCAUAGGACACCUUUCCUGAAAAUUUGACAAAUUUCUGCCCUCACUUUGCGUCUCAGCUUAAUCAUCACUUCCACCAGGAAGCAUGCACUGAAUCUGAAGUAGGAUUAGAUGGCACCUCUCUGUGUCCCCUAAGGCUCCAUGCUUUUUAGCUUUGAAUUAGAAUUUUUCUAAGGUGUUUCCAACAUAGACUCCAUGGGUACAGAGGAUUAUACUUAGUAGAGUCUCCAUAAACAUAGGAUGAAUAAAUGAUUGCUCUCCAUUUUGAAGGCAAGGAACCUGAGACUCAGAGGUUAAGUAACUUCCUCAGCAUCACACAGCCACAGGUGG